GUUACAGUUAAUAAGAAUGGCAAAAAGUAAAUAUUUCCAUUUUGUUUGGAUAUUGUUAGUGAUUUACGUUCAGCACAAUUGUUCGGCUCAAUAUUAUGAUUAUGAAGGCCCACCAUGCGUGUACCACAGCACGUUAUUUUUCUACAAAGCAUUUGGGUGUGAAACACGGAACGAAACCAUCAAUGGAACAGUCUGUGAGGUCCCAACCAACUGCCCGACAGAAUGCUGGGAUGAGAAUUAUGAUAUACCCCGUCAAGAAGACUCUGGCCAUUGGUAUGAGUGGGUAGAUAUUGCAACUCGCACACGACAGAAAUGUGAAUGUGUAUCACCACAUGGUGUACUUUGGUUCCUUCCAUGGGUCAACGAUGGAGGUGCUAUCCCAUAUCCCCCAAUGCGUCAUUGCCUCCUUGUAGGGUGUGAUCGCUGGGAUAUUGACUUCACAAAGGACCCUCCCACAGAAACGAGAAUAUUUACACAACCUGGUGAAAAAUAUGAGAGAGAAAAUGGUCAAAUCUGUAAAUGUGUAUCAGGAUCAGAUCCCUGGCUGGCUGACGCGUAUACACUAUAUCAUUUUAGAUGCAAAUAUCCGAAAUGUAUGUUCAAGUCUAAUCCACUAUGUCCCGAUGAAAACAAGAUAGUUCAUACCGGGGAUGAGACACCCAGUUGCUGCGGGUGUAAUCGAAUGCUUAUUGAUCCUAAAACUAAGGAGCCAGCCUACCCUUCUGAUGUCCUAGCAAAUGGAUACUGUAGUGUACCAGGGUGUGUAAAGUCAGAGUAUAACUGUACGGAUCGCUAUGGUCGGAGUCUUCCUUAUGUUUUUCCGAUUUUUCCGUACAAAUAA